AUGUCGCAGCCCCAGCCCGUGCUAGCAAUAAUAGGCGCUGGCAGUAUGGGCCUAGCCAUUGCCCAUCGCCUCGGGUCCUCGCAUCAUGUCGUUAUCGCCGACAUCUCAUCCGCUAAUCUCGCGGCAGCGGAGAGUUCACUUCAAUCUACCGGUCAUUUUUACACAGUCCAGUCAAUAGACAUUUCCUCGAAAGAUUCCGUGGCCUCAUUCUUGGAAACGGCGAUUAGCAAAGGCUCAAUUCAGACCGUCGUUGUGACAGCGGGUGUUUCCAACGCUGUGAACGACGCUAAGCUGAUCUACGAGACAAAUCUCCUUGGUGCGGCACUCGCCAUAGAUGCCUUUCUCCCCCACAUGGCGCCAGGCGGCUCAAUGACCAUCAUUGCCUCUCUCGCCGGGCAUUUGAAACCCCCGAGUGCUUCUCUGGACGACCACUUUGCAACCGCCACGCCCUCUUCACUCCUCACCCACCCUGAGAUUGAUCUCAACGGAGACCCAGGGCCUGCUUACUCUCUCUCAAAGUGGGGUUGUAUUAUUCGCGCUCGGUACGCCGCAAUGGAGUGGGGGCGACGAGGGGCGCGAAUUAAUACUGUCAGCCCAGGAGCGAUUAUGACUCCUAUGAUUGGACAGGUCCUGCAGUCAGCAGAAGGGGCCUGGUUGCAAAGAAUCAUUGAUGAUAUACCUCUUGGUCGUAUUGGAACUCCCGAUGAUGUCGCCAAUGUGGUCGCAUUUCUGUCUAGUCCCGCCGCUAGUUACAUCAACGGAACGGAUGUAGUAGUUGACGGAGGUGCUGCACCGACGUACCGAUGGCGCGGGUCCGAGGUGGAGCUGGAAAAGUCCGAAUGA